CUUUGUGGGUAUGACAUGCCAGACUUUGCUCUUUUGGUCUGAGUAUAUAUAAAAAAAAUGUCUUAAUUCUUUCUUCUCAAACUGGGUCAAGUACUUGAAUGUAAGAACUCACAUGUAGAGAUCUGUUCCAAACUCAGGCUUGGAGCAGGAUGGCGUCACAUCACGGAGCAAGCACAGCCAGUCCUAGGACAGUGCCCCAUGGACCCAUCAACCUGCCAAGUGGGGGCACACCUGAUUCACCCCACCUGCCAUGUGCAAUUAUCAAUGGCAUGCAUGGAGUGGCAGGCACUAAACCAUACCCUCUCCCAGCGGUGGGAGGGGUUCCACACUCGGAUCAUGGGUACCUCUGUCCAGGGUCAUCUGUCAACUUGGUGGAUGGCAUGGACACAUUUGAGAUCGACACGCAUUCAGCUAAAACUUGGACAAUGUCCAGGCCAGAUAAUGUACCUCAAUGGAGAGAGCUGGAAACAAAAGCGAAAUUGAGAUUGUUAAUGAACUCAAUAAUGAAGAUUCUGCUCCUCUUUAGCUUUCUCUACAUGUUUGUUUGUUCUCUCGAUGUUCUCAGUGCAGCCUUUCAACUUGCUGGAGGCAAGGUGGCAGGCGAUAUUUUUAAGGACAAUGCAAUCCUGUCCAAUCCUGUGGCUGGACUUGUGGUGGGAAUCUUGGUCACUGUCCUGGUCCAAAGCUCAAGUACUUCAACUUCUAUUGUUGUCAGCAUGGUGUCAUCAGGAUUACUGGGAGUGCAAUCUGCCAUUCCAAUUAUUAUGGGAUCCAAUAUUGGAACCUCAGUAACAAAUACUAUUGUAGCUCUAAUGCAAGCUGGGGACAGAAAUGAAUUCAAACGGGCAUUUGCAGGCGCCACUGUCCAUGAUUGCUUCAAUUGGCUCUCUGUGUUGGUCCUACUGCCAAUCGAAGUUGUCAGCGGGUUUCUGUACCGACUCACUAAGGUUGUGGUGGGGAGCUUCAUAAUCCAGACAGGAAACGAUGCACCUAACCUUCUCGGUAUCAUUACCGAUCCAUUCACUGAUCACAUUAUACAGCUUGAUAAAUCAGUAAUCACUGCAAUAGCAACUGGGGAUGAAAGUUUCCGUAAUAAGAGUCUUGUGAAGAUAUGGUGCCUGACAAGAACUGUCCAGUUCCAGGACAACAUCACAGUGGAUGGUCUAGAGAAGUGUGUGACACCAGAACUGUGCUGGCAGGAUAACAACUACACAUGGACUUUAGUCAACAGGACAUAUAAAGAAAACAUUGAGAAAUGUAACCACUUGUUUGUGAAUUCCACUAUGUCUGAUCUUGUGGUGGGGCUGAUCUUGCUGGCUGGCUCUCUGGUUGUCCUGUGUACAUGCCUUGUUCUGAUUGUCAAGCUGCUGAAUUCCAUGCUGAGGGGACAGGUUGCCAAAGCUAUCAAAAAGGUCAUCAAUACUGAUUUUCCAUACCCGUUUGGCUGGCUAGCAGGCUAUCUUGCCAUGGUAGUGGGAGCUGGCAUUACAUUUGUUGUCCAAAGCAGCUCUGUGUUUACUUCAGCCAUCACUCCACUUAUUGGUAUUGGGGUGAUCAGUAUUGAACGUGCCUACCCAUUAACGUUGGGAUCCAACAUUGGCACCACUACCACUGCAGUUCUGGCAGCUCUGGCCAGCCCAGGUGACAUGUUACCAAGUGCUUUCCAGAUUGCCCUUUCCCAUUUCUUUUUCAAUAUUGCUGGGAUAAUACUUUGGUACCCAAUUCCAAUCACCCGCUUCCCUAUCCGCAUGGCAAAAAUCUUGGGAGAACGAACUGCCAAGUACCGCUGGUUUGCUGUUUUAUAUCUGAUCAUCUGCUUCCUGCUCCUCCCUUCGCUAAUCUUUGGCCUCUCCAUGGCUGGUUGGCAGGUACUGAUAGGCGUAGGUGCCCCAUUCAUGGGCAUACUCAUCUUCAUUGGCAUCACCAACGUCUUGCAGGCGCGCAGGCCCAAGUAUCUGCCUAAAAAACUCCACUCAUGGGACUUCCUCCCUAUCUGGAUGCACUCCUUGAAGCCCAUGGACCGUAUAAUAACUAAUGCUGCUCUCUGCUGCACGGACCACUGCAUUUGUGCAGACAAGAGAGAAAUACGGGAGAGCACCAGCCAGACUGAGUUAUCACCACAGACGAAGGUGAAGACAGCCUGUGACAACUCAACCAUUGCCUACCUGGAGGAUAUUUCAAUUGGAGCCUCUUCGCCCAUAUUAAACAGAUUGCCGGUGCUGGACAUCACAAAACUGUAGUAACACACUAACUUUCCCAUUUUCCUUUGAUAUUUUCAUGAAUUACAGAGUCCUUCCUCCUCCUUUUCCUUAUCUUUUUCCCAUAUCCUUUUCUGCCCACCCUUUGCCUACCAAGUCUCACCUUAAACAAUACAAAUACACCUCUUUAGAGGCUAUUUGCUCUUCACUUCCAGAUGAAUUCACCUGGAAGUGACUGUCAAAUCAUUGGAAGAACAAACAUCUGCUACUUAUCACACUUAAAUGCUUCUGUUAAAAGAACAAAUCAGAGAACACUGACAGAUCUAGAGAACAUCUGUCUAACUGGUUGCUCGUAAGCAAAUGCUUCCAACUACCCCUCCCCCACCUAAAAGACUGUUUUCUGUCACUUCCAAUAUUUAUUUUCGCAAAUAAUAAACAAAUAUUCAACGGAAAUUAAUAUAACCACAUAAUUCAUUGCUUUAAUCUCCUGAUGACUUUUCUGGUUGUUCAUAGGAGAUUAAUCCAUAAUUCCCUGAGGCUCCAGGAUGAUUCUGGUAACCAGUUGAUAUUAACUUCUAACAUUCGUGACGUAACUAUAUCUGCAAAUACUUGCAGACUACCUAUCCAUUCCAGCUCAUGUCAACUCUCAUUGGAAUAAUUAGGUUGAUAUCAAAAACAUGGGAAGAGAACAAAAGAUGAUUGCUAUUGGCAAAAGGGGAUUCGUUCACCAAGCCUAUUAAUCUAUUAAGAAAAUUGAGUGGAGUAUUAGGAGUAACUUCAGGUCCGACUUCCUCAAUUUAUGUUAAUCUAUUACUCCCAGUGCCAUGAACCUUCACUCGGCCUAAAUAGUCAAAUAUUUUUGAUACAAAUGAGCUCAAUGCCCAGGUUAAGUCACCCACCUUUUCACUCUUUUCAGUCUAUGGUAACAGAUCCCCAUCUGAAACAGUUCUAAAAAUGGUUGAGUACAGGCCUGAAAUUGUCUGAGAAAGACAACAUUGGAUAAACAACAAACAGAUAAACUUUGAGGGUCUUCUUUUCAAGGCUCUCCUUCCAGUAUAAUGUCUUGCUUGUCAGAAAUCAGUAAGACUGAAGCAAAUGGCCUAAUUUUUCAUGUUUCCAAUUCCCUCUUCAUUAAGCAAGUGGGUGGUAUAAUGGGAAAUGGGGUCAAGCAUACCAAUUUGUUCACUCAAGCAUCCAAUUCCCUUCAAGCAAGAAUCUUUUCAAUAACUUGGAAUAAAUUCAAGUCUGACAUACAUUGGACCAAUGAAUUAUUUUCUUUUUCUUGAAGUAAUCUGGAUUCUUUUGAAAAUGUGGAGGGAUAUAAAUACCUGCCUUUUCUGAGCAGUUUUACAUUAAUCAGUCCAGUUCUAUAUGCCUGUUUGAAUAUUGUUACAUAUAUUGUCAUCAAUUUUUGUACUUUAUACAGAUAUAGAGGCUUUUGUUUGAAGUCUUCCUAUCUUUUUCUUGGUGCCAUUAUGGUACGUGGAACAAUAAACCACUGAAUUUCAA